CAUACUGGCAUCACAAGAUCGUGAUACAAUUCUCACUUCGCGACAGGGACAUAAUGGAGAGCAAAGCAGAGUGGGAGACUGCUGAUAAUAGCAGGAGUCUCUCUGGCGGGGGAGAGGAGAGAAACCCUGCCUCCAAAAUGAGUAUCUCUGGGGAGAACAACUCUGAUGAACCCAUGGGCAAAAUCCAAUCAGAGAGACCAGACUCACCUGUACCCAGCUGUGUGUCCUUGAAGAGUGACCAGUCCAAGAGAGAACCUAUAGAAUUCAGAGAAGGACCUUUUCAAUCUGACCAAAGGGUCCAGCAGGAGAGACCAGACUCCCCUUUACCCAGUGGUAUAUCCAUGAAGAGUGAACAGUCAAAGAGAGAGCCUAUAGAAUUCCGGAGUGGAGACUUUCCUCCAAAACAAGGAGUUCCCAGAGACCAACAUGAGAAGUCAGAAUCAGAGUCAGAGAUUCCGAAUGGUCAGUCUGCCCCAAGUCAUGAAAUGGACCUGUCCUCCAUAUUUGAGUUGCUUGAAGGCAAUGUCAUCACUUUUGUGAAGAAUGAAUUGAAGAGGUUACAGAGGAUUCUUUGUAAAGAUUACACAGAUAAACAUACUAAAGAUGAGAAGCAGGAGAGCAGCGCCAGAGAAGGGGCUCUGAAGAUCACGCUGCACGUUCUGAGGAACAUGAACCAGAAGGAGCUUGCUGACUCGCUGGAGAAACGUAAGAAUUCAAGCCUUUGUUGGUCGGAGGCUAGAUCCUCUUGA